AUGGACUCCAACCGCUCCAGCCAGGUCCAUCCUGACGACUUCAUGGCGCCUCAAUGGCCGCCGUCGAUUGUGGGAUCGGGUAGCUCGCCUUCUCUGACACUUAGGAGCGGCGCAACGACACCAUACGAUCACCUGUCGUCCACCAAGCACCUGAUAUACAAUGACUCGAGGUCGUCGACUCCAAUGAGUCCAAGUUUCCAGAGCCUGACCACUCUCCUGCCGCAGAACGGACGUUCUCCAAGCAAAGAGCUUAGCAGCAGCGACAGUGAGGUUCAUGAGAAAGUGAACAUUCUGCGCAAACGCGACGACGCCGACAUCUGGAAGGGCUGGAGGAGACAUCUCUACCGCCUCACGCCCUUUCUCACCUUCGCCAACACCGCCGUGUACCUCGUAUACCUGGGACUUCGCAUCGCCUGCGUGAUUCUGGCGCAAAAUGCCACGGGUAUCACCUUUGCCGCCGCCUGGGUCUUCAUUGCUGUCGAGCUGGCAGUCGCCAUUCCCUCGCUUAUGCACAACGGUUGGACGAUGUGGUCCCUGAAGAAGAGGCAUAGGCCCAAGAUGAGGCUGGUUGGAAACGACGUGCCCACUGUCGACGUCUUUGUGACCUGCUGCGGUGAGGACGAUGAAGUUGUCAUGGAUACCGUUCGCGGCGCCCUGGACCAAGAUUACCCCGGUGACAAGUUCCGAGUUAUCGUCUUGGACGACGCCAAAUCCCCUGGCCUUCAGCGCGAAUGCGCCUUGCUCUCGCACACGUACCCCAACCUGUAUUACAUGGCUCGAACCAAGAUUCCCGGACAGCCGCAUCACUUCAAGGCCGGAAACCUCAACUAUGGCUUGGAGCAAAGUCACAAUUUGCCUGGCGGUGCUGGUGAAUACAUGGCCGCCCUGGACGCCGACAUGAUUCCUGAGCGAGACUGGCUUCGCGCUUUGCUUCCCCACGCGGUAUCGGAUCCCAAGAUGGCCCUGGUUUGCCCGCCCCAGCUCUUCUACAACACCCCGCCCUCCGACCCUCUGGCCCAGUCCCUGGAUUUCUUCGUUCACGUCAUUGAGCCCAUCAAGGACGCCAUGGGUGUCGCUUGGUGCACUGGAUCCGGCUACGUCGCCAGGCGGGAGGCUCUUGAAGAGAUUGGCAACUUUCCCCUGGGUUCGCUGGCCGAAGACGUGGCGACCUCGACUAUGAUGCUCGGCAAGGGAUGGAAGACGGCCUACGUUCAUGAGCCCCUCCAGUUUGGAACCGUUCCCGAAGACUACGGCAGCCACCUGAAGCAGCGUACGCGAUGGGCCAUUGGUACUGUGGACACGUCGUUCAAGCUCAACUUUUGCCUGUGGGGUGAAAAGGUUCGCCAGAUGACGUUUGCCCAGCGCUUCUCCGGUUUUCUCUACGCCUCACUCAGUCUGUACACCAUCCUGCUGUCCAUCUCGCUGUUCGCCAUUCCCGUCAUCCUGAUCAUGGGCAAGCCGCUGGUUGCCUACGCCAACGACACGCAGCUCCGCUGGCUCAUUCGUGCCUGCUUUGCCAACACCAUCACCAACCGCCUGUGCGAAUUUGUCCUCUUCAUCCCUGCCGGCUAUCACACUGGCCAGCGCGGGUCUCGCUACCAGCUCUGGAUGUCGCCUUACAUUGCCCUCUGCAUCAUUCGAUCCUUUGUCCUGCCGAAGUGGCUGGGUGGACAGACGCAGGCCUUCAAGCCCACCGGUUCGCUCUCGUCAGCCCUGAAUGAGCGUGACCCCAAGCUCAAGAAGAACAUGUUCCGUCGCCUGUGGGCCAUCCUUUUCAACUACAUGGCCUUGUUCCAUUUCGCAUUCGUCUACUUGACCCUGGUCGCCGCCACCCUCGUCUCGUACCGCUGCUUCUUCCAGGAGAGCCACCGCGUCCGGGAUAUUCUCAUCUGCCUGGUGACACACGCCUUCUGGCCACCUCUGACCUUCAUCUUCAUCUGCAGCUCUCUCUGGACGCCUAUUGGCUACGCCAUCGAUCCUCCUCAGAUGCCGGACCGGGAAGAGCUUCUCGUGCGCGAUCCCCAGACCAAGGUCGCUCACCCGACACCCCAGAGCAAAAAGAUUGCAUUUGGCGGUCAGGCUGCCUGGUUCGAAUUCGAGUAUACCUUCUCGACGUUAUAUACGUGUCUCAUUUUUGUCGCAUCUUUCCUUUUCUAA